CAGACGUCCAUUAGUGGUCGGCCUCUGUGGGUCUGUACAACCUCUCAUCGCCACUAGAUACACCAUGUCACUCCUCGUCUACACUCGCGAGACUCUGUGUGCCCUGAAAUGUCUCGCUAUCCAUGACGCUGGUGUGCUGGCCACGUUGGUACCCUCCCUCGCUAACGGCACCGUCCGUAACCGCUGCUAUUACGUGCGCCCUCCGUCCUUCGCUCAGGCGUGGCCGCCCUCGUGGCGCCCAAGUCAAGUCACACAAAGGCCCGGCCGACCUGCUUCAUGUCGUCUCACGUGGGGACGCAGCAUUCAAUAGUGACGGCAUGGGUGCCGUGUUACUUCCUCUAUUAUUAGGCGCUUCUACUGCAUUCUGCCACACCUCGCGUCGACACGGCGGCCCGUCUAUGCUGAUGCAAACUUACUGUUGCCCCUGAGCCGCUUGCCGAAUCGAAAGAAGAGGAUGGGAAAUGGGGCCAUAGCAAGGGCAAGGAAUGCGAGCAAGGAUGUCGCCCACUGGUAUCCAAGAUUGUUGUACAUCUGGACACCAAACAGAGGGAAGGCCGCUGCAAAGUACGACCUUGCAAAUGAGUUCGCGGCUAGGGCACUUGCAGCGUAUACAGGGUACUGGUCGGCGAGGUUAACAUUGUAUCAGGCUGUGCCGACUAUAUCAGGC